UGUGCGUGCGCGCGCUUCAGCUCCACCGACUCCUCGCGAACAUGGCGGCGCCUGCGCUCUCCAGCCGGGCUGCUUCAGCUGGAAACAGUCCCACCGCCACCCCGAGCAGCUCCAAACCCGUCCCGCAGGCCCCCGAGCUGGACUUCAGGUCCGGGACGCGGAUAGAGGAGCUCAACCGGCUGAUCGGAGAGUUCAGCAAGCACGAGCAGCGCGAGUACGACGACCAGCGCGCGCUCGAGAUCCACACGGCCAAGGACUUCAUCUUCUCCAUGCUCGGCAUGGUGCAGAAGUUGGACCAGAAGCUUCCGGUUGCCAAUGAGUACCUGCUGCUGUCAGGCGGGGUUCGGGAGGGAGUGGUGGACAUGGAUCUGGACGAGCUGACGGUGUACGCACGGGGAGCAGAUUACGACAUGGACUUCACACUGCUGGUUCCUGCGCUCAAACUCCACGACCGAAACCAGCCGGUCACGCUGGACAUGCGACAUUCAGCGCUCUGUCACUCAUGGCUCAGUCUGCGGCUCUUUGACGAAGGAACUAUUAAUAAGUGGAAGGACUGCUGUACAAUGAUUGACCACGCCAAUGGCGCCACCAAUUACUUUUUUUCACCCACACUGGUGGCAGAUUGGUUCUACGAAUCCAUUAGUAUGGUUCUGGCGGAGAUCCAGAAGAAGCCACAGCGUGGCGUCCCACGGGUUGAAAAAGUUGAGCGCAAUGCCACGGUUAUCUCGAUAAUCCUUGGCGUCGGAGGCAGUCGGAUGUUGUAUGAUGUAGUUCCGGUUGUAUCCUUUAAAGGUUGGCCUGCGGUCGCCCAAAGCUGGCUGAUGGAAAACCAUUUUUGGGAUGGGAAAAUUACAGAGGAGGAAGUGAUUAGUGGGUUUUAUUUACUACCUGCAUGCUCGUCUACGGGUCAGAAGGAGAACGAAUGGCGUUUGUCUUUUGCGCGCAGCGAAGUGCAGCUGAAGAAGUGCAUAUCUGCAAGUUUGAUGCAGGCGUACCAGGCGUGUAAAGCUCUGAUUAUUAAGCUGUUAUCUCGACCCAAAGCGAUCAGCCCGUAUCACCUGCGCUCGCUCAUGCUCUGGUCCUGUGAUCGCCUGCCGCAUACGUAUUUGGCGCAGGAAGAUUACGCUGCACACUUUUUGCUGGGUUUGAUUGACGACUUGCAGCAUUGCUUGGUGAAUAAGACCUGCCCGAAUUACUUCAUCCCGCAAUGCAACAUGCUAGAGCAUCUAAGUGAUGACAUGGCCAUGCUGCAUGCAAGAAAGUUGUCUUCUGUACGCUCUGAUCCUGCAGAACACUUGCGGAGCGCAAUCGAGCAUGCAAAAGCUGCAUCGCGGCUUACGGUUGAGCUUCAGUGGCGCGGUGGAAGCUCAAACCUGCCAUCUCCGCUGUCCGAAACAGGAGCCGAUCAGCAACCGGACGACCGACUUGCAAAGAAACUCCAACAACUGGUCACGGAGAAUCCUGGGAAGUCCAUUUCCGUCUUCAUCAAUCCAGACGAUGUAACGCGACCUCACUUUCGCAUAGAUGAUAAGUUCUUUUAAAGCCACACCCCUUGAUCUGAUUGGGCGAUAACAGCAGAUGAUGCCACAUGAACUAAUUUCCUUACUGGUCAAUACUUCUGAAGCCACGCCUCCUGAUCUGAUUAGGCGCAGAUGGUAGAAGACGUUCGAAUUGAUGAGAAGUUUUUCUAAAGCCACACCCCCUGCUCCCAUUGGUCGCUGACUGCAGUUGGCAUUGCAUGAUUUUAAUUUUGCCAAACCCCCUAAUAUGAUUGGUUGCAGAUUGCAGGUUUGUCUGAGGCCACGCCCCCGUGAUUUUAUUGGGAUGAUCUUACUUUAUUAUUGAUGAUAAUCAUGCUGAAUCCAUGCCCCAUGAUCUAAUUGGGUGCUGAUUACAGACAUCAUCACGUUAUCAGGUUCACAUCAAUGAUGUUCUUCUGAAGCCAUGCCCCCUGGCUUCUUCUGAAGUCACGCCUAAUAUGAUAAGCCGCUGACUGCAGAGAAAUUCUUCCGAAGCCACGCCUCCAGAUCUGAUUGGAUGCUGACUGCAGACCACAUCACAAAAUAUCACGCUCACAUCGUCGUCGUUCUUCUAAAGCCACGCCCCCUGAAAUGAUUGGCUGCUGACAGCAGAUGGUCUAACUUUCACACUGAUGAUAAAUCAUAGUUAAGCCACACCCCUGAUAUAAUUGGUCGCUGACUGCAAACAUAUCAUUCUGCAGCCACACCUCCAGAUCUGAUUGGCUGCUGACUGCAGACUUGCAUCUAUUUUGACACUCAUCUAGAGCCACAGCCCUUGAUAUGAUGGGUGCUGACUGCACAUGGUCUCUCUUUCUCUUUGAUGACAAAUCAUAUUUAAGCCACACCCCCUGAUUUAAUUGGUUGCUGAAUGCAGAUAAAUCAUUCUUCAGCCAUGCCUCCAGAUCUGAUUGGCCACUGACUGCAGACAACAUCACAUGAUAUCAGGUUCACAUCAUUGACUUUCUUCUGAAGCCACGCCCCCUGAUAUGAUUGACUGCUGAAUGCAGACAAAUCGUUGUGAAGCCACACCCUCAGAUCUGAUUGGACGCUGUCUGCAGACAACAUCACAUGAUAUCAGGUUCACAAUGUUGACGUUCUUCUAAAGCCACACCCCCUGAUUUGAUUGGCCGCUGACUGCAGACAAAUCGUUUUGAAGCCACACCUUCAGAUCUGAUUGGCUGCUGACUGCAGACAACAUGACAUGAUAUCAGGUUCACAUCAUUGACUUUCUUCUAAAGCCAUGCCUCCUUGAUAUGAUUGGCCACUGACUGCAGACGAUCUCGCUUUCUCAUUAUGACAAAUCCUUUUAAAGCCACUCCCCCUGAUCUGAUUGGCCGAUGACUGCCUUGUUGUUGUUUUUUGUGGUUUUAAUGAGUUCUGGAAGCAGAAAGCCUCGUGUUUUGCACAGCGCUGGAGAUGUUAAACGCUUCAGACUUUCAAUACGAUGUUAAAAAUGGACAUGAUCCUGUUUCACUGCUGCACGUUAAAGUCGUGUCCACAAAUCAGCUCCUCCCCAUUAUGGAGGGGCAGUUUUUAUGGGAAGGAUACGGAGAGAUUUAUGGAAGGAUGUUGGGUGGAAGG